AUGAAUCAUUGUCAAGAACUGAAUUUAGAUUCAACUGAUCUUAAUCUCAUUGAAGUUGGAAAUGCUGUUAAUAUUCAAAUAGCACCUAUUCGUUUAUGUAUGUGUAAUAUGCAUACAUCAUUAUAUAAUGAAAGUUUAACUUUAAAAGUUGGUACAAUACAAAUUCGACAAUUAUUACGUCUUUAUCCUGGUUCAUGGUUAGAAGCUGGUUCAAUAAGUGUUCCUGAAUUACCAACAAAUUCUAAUAUAUUAUCAUAUGCAUGUCUUGGUGGCUCAACAAAUUAUUAUACACUUGCACAAGGUGAACAAUUUUUUAAAAGUUCAUUUCGUCUUAGUGAACAAUCAUCAUUUGGUCAUUCAUUAUUUCAUCCUGAUUUACAUGUUUUACAUUCACAUUUUAUAUUUGAACAUAAAUAUAAUUGGACUAAUUAUGAACAUAUUAAUCGAUUUCACGAUGAAUUAGAUGAUGAAAAAAUUUUCUAUCUAUUUGAUUUUUGCGGACACCAAAAAGAAUCUUAUGAACAACAUCAAAAUAUAAAUGAUUUAUCCAUUACGACUUUAGCACAACUUACAACAUCAUCUCAAGUAUGCCAACAAUAUUUUCAUACUCGUCAAAUUUUACCGUUGAAAAGUCAUGAAGAAUCUUUUGAUAAUUUUCCAUUAUAUAAAUUUCAUUUGAGUCCAUGUUGGUAUGAAUCAAAAGAUCCAUCUAUACAACGUCUAGCUAACCGUAUAUCUACUCAUCCAUUACUUGGUAUUCGUCAAUUCAAUGAUCAAACGAAUGCAACAUGGAAAAGUCUUAUUAAUAUUAAUUUACCACAACAUUCUUUCUUAAAAGAUCAUAAAAUUCAAAAUGCAAUUCUUUUUCCAGCAGUUGCUUAUCUUGAACUUGCAACAGCUGCUUCUCAACAAUUACUUUUUCCAAAAGAAGAUGAUCAACGACAACCAAGAAUUAUUUUUGAAGAUGUUAAAUUUGUUAAAGUACUUAUUCUGAAUGAACAUGAAUUAGUUGAAGUAUUUACACAAAUAAUUAUGCCAAUGCGUGAAUGA